UGAAGAUGAAAACAAACACCUGGGGAUUUCCACGUAACAUCUGUCUACACUAAGCUCAAGUACACUAUCUACAAUGCAUUGUUUAUUUAUUUAUUUAAGAUUCACACAUGUCUGUUUUCGUCCUGAAUAAAGAGCUGAGAGAUCGGUUUUAACACAGUUCAGUGAUUAAACUGCUCAUAACUGAAAAUGCCUGCAGAGGGAGACAGUCUCCUUUAAGUGGACAGUGUCUGUCUGUCGUCACGCUCACGUUGAACCCCUAGACAAAAGAAACUUCAAGAAGACAGCAGGCAUCUAUGCAUACAUAUCCAACCAAUUGAUUGGGGAGGGACAUCAAUUUUUAAAAAUCAUCAUCUAAUGUCUAUUAGGCAACUCAAAUAUUUGAAACUGUCCACUUAUUUAUUUUUUAUUAUUCAUUGGCUAAUUUAACAGGGCCAAUGCACAUAAAUAAACAAGAGGCUGAUCGUCUGUAGUCCCUGGACAGAUGUUAAAAAGUCAUCCUAAAAAAGAAAAUAAGAUUGAUAUUACAAACUUAUUGACUUCUUAUCUUUGCACCAUUUUACUUAAGUACAGGGCUAUUUUGAUAAUUAAUUAAUUUAGCUUGUUUAAUCAAAAUAGUUUUAAAUAGUCACAUUUUAGUUUAAUCUAUUGCUGCCUGUUUUGAAGUGAAGUCUCUUUUUGUAUUUGGUGCCGUUUACUCAACAUAGACACGUUCCUUUUUCAGGCAUUGUUGCAGUCACUUGAUCCAUCGAGUAGAAAUCCCCACUUUUUCUUUUCAAAGUUUCUUCAGAUCUGCAGCGGAGCCUUUGAAGAUUUAACAUUUUCCUCAUGGGACAGUAACUCAAGAUGUUUUUUAAAAAGAAAAGCACAACUGUCGCUCAAAUUUAAUUUUUCGUGUGGUGGAAUAAAGUGAAAUCCAAGUAUUGUUGUUGAUGUUUGUGGCGACCCACGGGACUCCCUGAAGGACCCCUAAGCGCGAGCUGUGAUUGUAUUCUGCCCAUUCAUUUCUUGGAGGGGAGGAGUUAACGGAGCCAGAGAGGGUCAUAACAAAAUGUGUGUCCCCGACUAAAGCAACAUUAUUUCCGCCCUGGUCCGGUGCUGAGUAUCUCUGCGAGGAGCAUUUAAAUGGACUCUGAAACGAGCCAAGGCUGAUUAUUGUUGGGACUGACCGCCGCUCCUCACUGUCUGAACCGAAGCAGAGGAUGGAUGCAAACUUUUCCCCGGCUGCUAUCUUGUCAGUGGUCCUGCUAACCGCCGUGUUGUCAUCCUCUACAGCUUUUCUGGAGCCUUACGACCUUUUAUAUGACAAUGCGGUGCAGGCAUUUUACAACAGCGACUAUAAAAAUGUGGUGCGCUACAUGGAGGGAGCGCUCAGCAGCUACACACAAGUCCGGCGCACUAGAGUCCGGUGCCGUCUGAGGUGCCAGGACCAGCAUCCGUUUGAUGAAACCUUCUCGGACCUGCGCUUCUCCGACGUGGUCCUCCGGAGAGCAGCGUGUAUGAAUAAAUGCAUCGAGGAGAUACUUGGCUCGCAGUCGGUGCAUAAAGUCAGCGAGGAUGUAGUGCAGGACUUCCACAGGAGGAUCCCCUACAACUAUCUUCAGCUGGCUUACCAGAAGUUGAAGCAGCCUGACAAGGCAGCAGCGGCAGCUCACACCUACUUCCAGGCCAACCCAGAACAUGUGGAGAUGGGUCAGAACCUGGAGCAGUACAAAGACCUGCAGGGCGUUAAGGCGGACCACUUUGUGGACCGAGAAGCCCGGCCUCACCAGCACUCCUUCACAGCAGCAGUGAGGUUGUAUGAUAAAGGCGAUUACGAAGGUGCCAUCGCUCUGUUUGAGGAGGCUUUGGUGGAGUACUAUAAAGCAGACGUGGAGUGUCGGGCCCUGUGUCAAUGGCCGCAGAGGUUUGAGGGCUACGACUACCUCCGCUACCGUUACAGCCUCCAUGAACUCAUAUCAGAUCACUUCACUCAGGUGCUGCACUGUGAACAUGAGUGUGUUCGAGACCUCGCCACCCGGCCAGGCCGUCUCUCACCCAUGGAGAACUACCUGCCUCUGCACUAUGACUACCUUCAGUUUGCCUACUUCCAGGUGGACAGGCUGAAGGAGGCGCUACAGUGUGCUCUGACCUACCUGUUAUUCCAUGAGGGAGAGGAGUUCGUUACGGACAAUGUGGAAUACUACAGAGAGGUGCUGGGACAUGAUGGCAAGCCGAGAGAGAAAGCUGCAUGGUACCUGAGGAGGCACAAACAAGAACUGGAGCUCCUUCUUAUUGGCAGUAAAACCAUGGGUGUGGAUUUUACGGAAGGGAAUUACUGGAGCAGCACAGGUGGAAGAGAUGACUCAAACAGAAUUCCCUCUGGCACAGACGGCUGGAUGGAGUAUGUUCCCAUCUCAGAGAAGAAGAACGUCAGUGUUGCUGCUCCACAGCAACUCAAAGAAGGUGGUCCUUUGGUGUAUGACAGUGUGCAGCUGGUGCAGAACUCUGCGGCCUUGAACGGGACCCAGCGAGUGCUGCUGGAUCAUGUUAUAUCUGAGGAGGAGUGUUCAGAACUCAGACACCUGGCACAUGCUGUCACCAUGGCAGGAGACGGUUACAGAGGGAGGAUGUCUCCACACACUCCCAAUGAGAAGUUUGAAGGAGCCACUGUACUCAAAACCCUGCAGUACGGCUACGAGGGCAGAGUGCCGAUGAGGAGUGCUCGCCUGUUCUACGAUAUCAGUGAGCGAGCGAGACGGGUUAUCGAGUCUUACUUCCUGCUCAACUCCACCUUGCACUUCUCCUACACACACCUUGUGUGCCGGACAGCCAUCACAGGCCAGCAAGAUCACAGGAAUGACCUGAGCCAUCCCAUCCAUGCUGACAACUGUCUGCUGGACCCAGAGGCCAAUGAGUGCUGGAAGGAACCACCAGCAUAUACCUACAGAGACUACAGUGCACUGUUAUAUCUAAAUGGAGAUUUUGAAGGAGGGGAGUUCAUAUUCACAGAAAUGGAUGCCAAAACGGUUACGGCAUCAGUGAAGCCCAAGUGUGGCAGGAUGGUGGGUUUCUCCUCCGGAGGGGAGAAUCCACAUGGUGUGAAGGCCGUCACCAGCGGGCAGAGGUGUGCUGUUGCUCUGUGGUUCACCCUGGACCCGCUCUUCAGAGAACUGGAGAGACUGCAGGCAGAUGAGGUGAUCCAGGCGUUGGACACACAGUCUGUGUGGGGCCAGGGCCUCAACAUCAACCCUAAAGAUGAACUGUAGGAGCAGAAAAACACCUGCAUCCCACCCCAUCCCCUUCUGUCAAAUCCUUCUAUACAUUUUAACUAUUUAUUGAAUUGACCUUUGGAUGAGAACAUUUCUAUUUUUGUACUGUUUGAAGUGCAAGAUUAAUAAUAUUGUCAUUUUUUGCGUUGUCAGUUGUAUGGUUGUUGUUAUUUUGUUGUUUUUUUUUUUUUUUGCAUAAUUCUCUACACACCAGUACUUGAGUUAAUCUUUGGUUCUUUGUCUUUCCUUGCAGCAACAGCUUCUAGUAGAGAAAAAAAUCCAAUUCACUUUGUUUUGUUGUAUCUGGUGAGUUAGCAAAGUAGAAGUUUCAUGUAAGACAUAAUCUCACUGAACUGUGAAGAAGCCAAAGAGAAGAACGGUGGUUGACAUUUUUUUUGCUUUUAGUUGUGCUUGUUCUUGUUCUAGACAACAUAUUCAGUGGGUUUUAUUCAAAAACACUAUGUACAGAUAAAAAAAAUACAUUCAUUUUAGAGGUCAGUAGUUCAAAAUAAUAUUAGAUUCAAUCUUCACAAAUGUUACUGUUACAUUUGCUAUUACUAACUACAUUAUGUUAUUGACAACAAUGUUACAAUGUGCCAGUAAUAAUUCUUUUCAACAUAGGCAGUGCACUGAUUUUCUAAUUUGGGUAUCUAAUUUUCAAAUAGCAGUCAUAGAAAGAAUUUAAGAAAGAGAUGUGUUCUAAUAUGCUGAAUAUUUAAUGAUCAUGCACUCUGUCCUUCUGUGUGUCAAGUCUGAAACUGAAAAUGUCUCUUGUUACUGCUUUGUCCAUUUUCCCUCUUGUUGUUGGCGUGAUAAAUCACUCCCCUCCUUUCUGGGCACACAGAGCAGAAUACUGGUUUACAUGUUCACUGACAUGAGAACAUGGUGUAUGUGUUUAUGGUUUACUUUUAUUUAUGUGUUUUUAAUAAUAGACAGCUGCUGUUGUAACUGUCGGCAUUUAAUAUGAGGAACUUUUAUUCAUAAAAGAUGUCAUCAUUCCUGUUUCAAGGAAUACAUAUUUGUUUGGUCUUUUAUUUCUUUAUAUUUGUGUUGAUGAUACAGAUGAUAGGCCAAGUCGUGCACUGUAAAUCCAAUGGAAAGAAACAUAUAAAGUAGUUUUUUUUUCUACAUAGAUUCAAACUGCUAACCAGAAACUUAAUCCUUUCGUUUUAUGAGGUUGGCCACUUUUGUUUCACUGAUAUUUAAUUCUGAAAUGCUGUAGCACACAAAAAUGUAUGUGUACAUGCCUAUAAAUUAAAAACAUAAUAUUCCAUAUCUAUA